GUGUGCAAAAAGGUAUAAAGGCACCUUUGAUAAAUUAAACCCAAAGUAGGUCAAAACAUUUUGACAUUAUUUAGCGAAAGGAGUGGAUUUAUAUCGAUAAAAAAGUAUAAUGUAGGAAUUGGUAUUUUCCCAGGAGUACAAUGUAGAAGAUACUUAAUUAAGGCUUACAGUUAUAAUAACUAUAGAACACAUCAAUGUUUAAAAUUUAAAUCAAUAUUUAAAAUAACGGUGAAAGAAAUAGACAUUUUUAUCGAUUUUACAAUGUAAAUAGAUCAACUAAAAGCCUAGUUGGGGAAAAGGCAAAAUGGCUACAGGUCGACAAAUUGAUACGGAUAUUCUUUCGGAUGAAAUAUUUGAUGUAUUAUGUUCAAUGUGUAUAAAUGAAGGCAGGAACACUGAAGGUGAAAAAUACUGUGUCGAUUGCCGUGAUUAUUUCUGUGUUAGUUGUGUCAAAGUUCACAAUAAAGUGCCUUUAUGUGCUGGUCACAAGGUAUUGGAUAAAUCUCAAGUUAAGUCAGGAGCCAGUAAAGGUCUGCCGAGGGCACCAGCAGGGAGAUGUGACAGACACGGCCAUAAAGAUAUUGAUAUGUACUGUCAGAACCAUGAUAAUGUUGGCUGUUCUACAUGUAUGGCAGUUGAUCACAGAUUAUGUAAGGAUACAUUCUACGUACCAGAAUUUAUCCAAAACAAUACUUAUCAAGUUGAAUCGAGAGACAUUCAAACAAAACUCAAGGAAAUAGCCAAGACCCUUGAAAAACAAGCUGAUAGAUUUAAACAAGAUAAACAAAGGCUGUUAAAGAGGAAAGCAGAGUUUCUGGCUGAUAUCAGAAAAUUCCGACAAGAAAUCAAUGGUCAACUUGACAAGCUGGAGAAAAGUUCUAUUGAUGAGAUAGAAAGUAGAGUCAAAUGUCUUGAAGACAAAAUCGAAGACACUUUAAAACAGCUACAAGCAAACAAGUCCAGGAUUAAAUCAGCUAAUGAUAAGUUAGCAUCUACAAACACAAAUCAUUCUGAAGAGUUUGUUUAUGUGAAGAUGGGAGAAGAUACUGCAAAUGUUGCCAACAAAUAUAUUGAGCAUGCCCGAAUGAAAUGUACAGUAGAUGACAUCGAGUUUCAACCUGACAGAACAAUUCUUACACAGUUAGAACAAAGGAAGAUCCUAGGAACACUAUCAGAGAAACCUACAAAGCCUGCUGCCAUUUUAUUUCAGAUUAAAGGAAAUCAAUCAUAUAAUGUUAAAGUUAAGUCAGAUAAAAAAAACUGUUAUAUCAUUAGUGCCUGCUGUAUGGAAGAUGGUACAAUAAUUCUAGCUGAUAACAACAACAAGAAGCUUAAACGGUUACACAGUUCUAACUAUACUGUCACAGACUACUGUGAUCUACCUGGAGGACCAUGGGAUGUGUGUAUAAUCAAUAACAAACAAGUAGCAGUGACUGUUGAAUCAUUAAAGGAAAUUCAUUUCAUUUCUCUAAAAAGAAAAAUGAAAACAACAAACAAGAUUAACACUGAUUUUGCAUGUCUCCAUCUUGCAUAUGCAAACAAUAAUUUAUAUAUUUCAGAUUCUUUCCCAUCAGUAUAUAUGUAUACGUUGUCUGGGAGGAAACUUAAUCAGUUCAGUAAGGAUCAAUCAGGACAUAAGUUGUUCUCUAGCAUAGACAGUCUAGCUGUCAGUAAGGAUGCUACUAGGAUUUAUGUUGUUGACUGCAAUAAUGGACUGAUAGUACUGGACAACAAUGGUCAGGUUAUUACAUCAUUUAAUGACGAGCAAUUUAAUAAGGGGGCAGGAUGUUGUUAUUUCACUGAAGCAGGCAGUGUGCUGGUAUCUAGAUUCAAAUUCAAUAAUGUUUUACAGUUUACAUGUGAUGGUGAGCUGAUAGGAGAGGUUGUAAAAGUUAAUAGUGGAAACGAAAGAAUCAUCGUGUCUGUCUGUUGUAAUCAACAAAUGACAAAGAUGUUUAUAAGUAUAUUUUUUGAUGACAACAUUGAAGUGUAUGACAUCUAAUCAGUAAAACAAAUGAUUUACAAAAGAAAAAUAAACAUUUUUUAAUACAUGCAUGCAAAGAGUGUAUCAUGUUUUAUUUUAUUAUAGGUAAUAAAUUUCUGUCAGAGUUCCCAUUUUUGAAUGCAUCUGGUU